AUGUCCAUGUUGCCGUGCCGUGUGUUGUGUCUGUUGGUUAUUGUGCUUUGCUGUGUGGGUGUGGCUCAUGCUGCUGCAACACCAGGUGUCUCAAGUCUUUUUGUGCAGGCAGAAGAGAAGGCGAAGGAGAUUUUAAAGCAGAAAGAGGAGUGCGUUAUCGCUGGCAAGGCUGCUCGAAAGGUCGCGGAUGAAGCUCAACAAUUUGUUGUUGACACUAAGAAGAAACUCGAAACAAUUGCUGCUCACCCAGAAGAGGUGGAGAAAACAAAGAGUAAAGGUCAUGAACUCAUUGAUAAGGCAAGGAAGGCUGCAGCUGAAGCAAGAAAAGUGGUCGAGGUAACUACAGCCAUUGUAGAGGAAACUUACGACAAAGCCGGCCAAGGUCUUCUUCGAGGAAAUGCUGAGGUGGCAGAGGAGGCAGCUAAAGAGGCAGACGAAGCGAAACGUGAUGCUAUCACUGACAUCGAAGCUGCGGAGCUUCAUGCUGAACUUGUGGAGGGUGUCCUGAAGGACCUCGACGCCGCAGUUGCUGCAGCUGCCAAGAAGAAGGAAGAAAAACAGGUGGAGUCUCAGCCACACCCACAGACAAAGGAAACAUCUCUUGGUGAGCAGCAAGGCCAUACAGAAGGAAAUAAAGCGGAGCAAACACAGGAGAAACAAAAAGAGAAACAAAAACAGCACUACCGUUCUACUGUUACUAUUAAUAUCCACGGAGAUAAUCUCGAUGCCUUA